CGAAGAAUUGUCAAUAAAAUUAAACAGAUUGAUAGACUUAAACGUAACAUAAAAAUCUAAAUAAUCAAAUAUGAACAUUCCGGCCAACCGGCCGGGUUAUAAGCUAGUAAGAUAAAGAAUGACAAAAGACCAGAACUGGAGAAACUAGUCUCUGAUUUCGGCUCAUCUGAGGCUGUCUUGGCCCAAGUCAAGCAGGAUGAUCUGCUCAGUAGCCGUUGAGCUUGUAUAUUGGGCUGGCUGGCCCAACGUUCAGAAAAUUUGCCACGAGACAUACCGCCUUUCCCACUUUCCUCCGCAUCGGCGUAUAUAUUUCAAGAAAGGAGCCGUUGGAAGAAGAACAAAGGUCAUUUUUUCAGUUAUCCGAUUUCCUUCCCCGAUUUCCCAUUACUCUCAACUCUCAAGACAGCAACCCGAGUUCUCAGAGUCUGUGAAGCAGUUCCAGAAAGAUCAAUCGCGCUCGUGUCCGUAAGUGUCUUCUUCCUCUUUGAGAUUUCUGUUCGUUGCUAUCGCUGCUUUUAGGGACUCGAGUUCUGGGUUCUCAAAGUUCAGGGACUUAGUAGCAAAGAUUCUUUCCCCCCCUUGGAACCCAUUUAGAGAAUCGAUCGUUUGGAAGUGUAAAAUCGCUGUUCUGUCCUGAUUUUUCUACAGGAUUAUUGGAAAAUUACCCUAGGUCUCAGAGUUGCGAAGCAAGUUUAGGAAAGGGUGAUCAAUCUCUGUGACUGUAAGUAUCUUUCUCGUGAGAUUUCUCGUUGAUUUUAGGGGUUCAAGUUUUGGGUUCCUCUGAUUGUAGGGAUUCAAGUGUUGGGCUUUUCUGAAUUUAGGGUUUCGAAUUCUGGCUUCUUCUAAUUUUAGGGAUUCAAGUUUUUGGUUCUGAUAUUAUAGAUUGUUGAGGGUUCAAUUUCUGGGUUCUUCUGAUUUUAGGGAUUUAGCAUAGAUCGUGCCCACUUCGAAUCCUUUUAGAGAAUUUUGAUCCAUACGUGUGGAACUACAAUUAACGACGUUCCACCACUGAUUUUUCUGGGUAAUUAGAAGUUUAGAACCACCCUUCGGAAUCUUACGACAAUGGCGACAAGAGUUGGCGGAGGUGUUGCUCCGGUUCGAACUUUUGACUACAAAGAUGUCUCCAAGACAUCCAAGAAAGGAGGAGGGUUAGGUGGGAGGACACCGCUGGGUGAUUUGUCAAACGCAUUGAAGAACUCUUCUUCUCUGAACAAUACAUCCAAGCAGCAGCAGCAGACUCGUUCAGGAAUUGUAGGAUUGAAUGGAAAAAAGAAGUCUGCUGGUCUCGCUGGAGGAGCCAAUGCUGCAAGCGUGAAAACGAGUGUUAAAGCUUCUGGGAAUAGGAAGGUCCUUUCUGAUAUCUCAAACUCGUCCAACGUGCCAAAGGGAAGUGAUAUAUCGCAGAAGAAGGCGGUGAAGAACAGCAAGAGGCUGAGUGUUGUGCAGGAGGAAGACCCAAUGCAUCCAUGUGCAAUUGCUGAGGAAGGGUUUCUGCACAAUCAUGACGAAUGCAUCAAGGCCCAGAACAGACAGAUGGAUUUGUAUGAGUUCUUGAAGAUCCUUGGUUUAGACAAAGAUUGUUCUGAGCAGUUAGAGAACCAGCGUUCAAACCAAGUAGAGCCUGACAGUCCUAAGCGGCACUACGAGCUAAUGGAAGAAGAGGAAAAUUGGGACUUUGAGUUUCCAACAACGCGCAAUCUUCAUUCUCCCCCCUGUUCCAGUCCACCAUCGCCCAAAUCCGAUUCAAGCUGGUUGGAUAAUGACCACGGCUUCGUCAACUUCCAGCUGAUCGCUUCUCCUUAACUGCUGUUGAUCAAACUGAAGCAUUGGAAAUCUACCCUUCCUGAAGCACUAGAUGUGAAUUUUGUUGUUGAAACUUAUUGAAUGUUGCCAAUUCUGUUUGGCAUCUCUCUAGGUUGUCUUUGAUCAAUGUCCUUUGACAUUUGUUAAUUGAUCAUAUCGUGCUUAGCUGCUGACCUAAAGCACUUGACUGUAGGCUGUAGCCUGUAGCCUGUGGCCAGUAAAUAGUAAUGUAGACG